AUGUUCAAAUUAUCGCGAAGAAUAGAUGGAGUAUACCCAUUUCGGACAAAAUAUGCGUAUAGAUAUCUAGCGGUGCCUACAGUAAAACAAUAUUUAAGGGAACCAUAUGAACUUGGAUACCCUCAAGGAUUAACACAUGAAAUUAGAAAUGAGAUAACUGAAAUUAAAAAGAAGGUGUUCGAUAAAAGAACUCCUGCUGAGACAUUUGAGACAGAAGUUAAAGAUAAGAAAUGGGAAGAAUUGUCUAUACUGGAAAGGUUUCAAUAUACUCAACAAUUGCAAGUAGGGAGAUACAAAUUCAAUCAACCUAAACCUAAACCAGAAACAGGAUUUGACUUAUUUAAAUCACAAGUACGUCAUAGAUAUGCCAAACCAAUUCUCAAGGAACAUUGGGACGGGUUGACCGAUGUAGAACGUGCGCAAUAUAUAGAAAGCCCUCAUUGGGAUUACCUUCAUCAGCAACGACUAAGAAUUUGGCAAGGGUAUGAAAUAGUGGAAUAUUUAAAGAUUCGUGGAACCAUACAACAACAAUUCAAUCCAUAUCCAUUUCUGGGUCUUUAUCCCUGGGAAAUAAUAAAGGACAAACUUCUGGACAUGAGUCGAAGAAAGACAAUUGGCUCAAUUUAUGACUUUGAAAAAGAUAUCUAUGAUGUAUUGAUUCUGGAAGCACUUGUAACUAAAGUUCCUGACUUAUACAAAUUUUAUAUAUCAUAUGCGAGAGACAUAACCAAGCCUCCAACAAAGAAGGAAUUUUCAAUGUUGGGACCAUCAGUUCUUGAACCAUAUAUCACUCGGAGAAAUAAACGAAUCCAACAUGCCAAUGAAUACAACCCCACCAAAAAAGUAUCCAAUUGGAGUACAUUUUUACAACAGAAAUACAGGAGAGAUCCACAGUAUCAAGAUACGAGUUUUAUAGAAUUGGAGAAGAUCGCAUCGAUUGAGUGGCAAACAUUAACAAAGGAAGAAAAAGAUAGAUACUCCACUACACUCGAAAUGAGUUCUGCUUCUGCCAAGGAUAUCAGAUUGAACGAGCAAGUUGAUCAUAUUAUGAAAUAUAUCUACGAAGUUGGAAGCGUAGCAGGUACACCAUCAGGAUUUAAUUGGAAAAGUGAUAUGAUGGAGAAAACUAAAGGGUUUAUAUAUCUCUACCGGAUGUAUGGAGAGGUUUAUAUAAGUUCUAAAAAGGUAGAGAAAUAG